CCCGUCACACGGCGCUGACACACCGAAAAGUCGCCGCUCGCGCACGCCAGCUAAAGAUUUGGGCACCUGUACGUAUUCGAGCGACUGGGUGGAAAAGGGGAGGCAUGCGUAGCGUAGGCCAGACUCGUGUAGCUUGGCGCCACACCCGGAACGGCAGAUUUCUGGGGGGCUCGCCCCCGCCCACCAAAAGCCGGACGCCGACAACGCCGUCCGGACGUGGCUGUUCCCGCAGCCCGAAGAGAGGGGGCAAUGGACUCGGACAGCAGCAGCAGCAACGGCAGCAGCAGUAGCCACAGCAGCGGAGCAUCGGAUAACGAUCGUGCUGGACCUUCAAGAGAUUCGGCCACAUCUGUCGGCAGUAAAAGGUCAUUCAGAGGAGCGAAAGCCGGCGGAGCGCAGUCGGAAGGCGGCCACUCCAAGGUCAAGGGACACCAGUGUGCCGUGUGUGGCAAAGUACUCGGCACCAAGAGAGCAAUGCGGAGGCACCUGCACACCCACUCGGGCGAGAGGCCCCACUCGUGCCAGGUCUGCGACCGCAAGUUCGCCCGCAAGGAGAACCUCGAGCGACACGCGCGCAUGCACACGGGCGAGAAGCCCUGGAGCUGCCACGUGUGCGGCGACACCUUCACCCGCAAGGGGAUCCUGACCAUCCACGCCCGGCGGCACACGGGUGAGAGGCCCUACUCCUGCGCCCUGUGCCCGGCCGCUUUCGCCAGCAGGUACACGCUGACGGUGCACACGGCGACGCACAAGCGAAAGGCGCCCUACGAGUGCCUCAUGUGCGGCAUGAAGUUCAGCGUGAGGGCCAAGUUCCUGGGGCACGAGCGCAAUCACACGGCCGAGAGGCCCCACAAGUGCCACCUGUGCCCGGCGGACUUCAUCGAGAAGUACCAGCUGCGGAGCCACCUCGUCACCCACGCCAGCGAUAAGCCUCACCAGUGCGACAUAUGUCAGAGAGGGUUCAAGCGGCGCAGUACCCUCGUGAAUCAUUUGCGCCUAGUCCACGACGUCAAGAAGCCUUGACUCAAAGUCCGAGACCUCAGGCAUGCCUUCCCCAUUUGUGAGGCCAUGCGAUCGGAAAACUACAUGAGUCCUUUUAAAGGCGUUUGGUCAAGAAAGUAUUUGCCAUACAACACAGACCUUGUUGCGAACUAAAAGAAGUGUGCUAACAAUAAACCUUGUGUAAAAAAUUUACGACCCUGCUCGACUUGUGCGAGAGAUGCCAUUGUCGUGAGGAAGGCGUAAGACAUCGACCGGAAAUGGAGAAACGAAAUAACAAAUGUUUGUGCAUGCAUACUUUAAAGAAAGACAUUGACAUACGUGCUGUCCCUUUUUUUUAUUCGUGAUAUAUUUGCGUACCCCAUGAAACAGGAAGGAUAUCAGCUUCCGUCACACGGUGUUGUCCUUUGGUAGCUGCAUAAUCCAGAACAAGUCUGUGAUGUAGAAUUCAUAGGCAUACGAAAUAACAUAAUAAAAGGCGUUAGGUAUUUAGCUGGCAUAAGAUA